GAAAGUUAAGUUUUCGGCUUGUUGUCGGCUUUUAGUAGGACCCCAAACUUCAAAGCAUGUACGUGGGGGAUCCAAACCAAAACUCAGAAAUAACACUUAGUUUAAGAAAAGACAACCCUGCGUCGACAGUCAUGACACUUCAGACUAGAUCUCCGAAAGACAACUCAACUAAUUUUCUUUGAUGAGGCCACCCUUUCCAAAAGAUGAUGACCAAGAAUCCGUUGGUACUGACAUCAUUGAGUUCCGUCCUGAAGCACAUUCCCCUGUUAUGUUUGGUCGUAUGGUGGAACAUGUUGAAGUUGACUCCCAAGCGGCUGACUAUUUUGAUCCAGCCCUCUCCCAUCCUGCAUGUGUUGGGUACACAAUGCUAGAGAGACCCCCUAAGCAAGACACACCCUGUGCAGCUACACCUCCACCCAGAGAAAAAUGUAUGCCUCGAGAAUAUCUGGAACACUACAUCUUCCCUGUGCUACUUCCCGCAUUGCUAGCUAUGUUGAAACAAGCCAAGAAGGAAAAAUGCUUUGAGAGGAAGAGAUUUCGAUUCAAUGGUUGUGACUAUUUGACAGAAUAUCUGUGGAGACACAACCCCAAGUACAAAGGUAGAGAGUUGGACCAGUUAGAGGAGAUUCCAUUCGUUAAGCGGAUUUUAGCAGAAAAUCCCAGACCACCCCUUCCCUUGUCACUCAUAUGGACAGAACAUGAAGCUGCUAUUGUCAUCCAGUCAUUCUUCAGAGGCUACAAGGUGCGAAAAGAAGAACACAUCCAGGAGCUACGUCAAUGGCAGAGGGAAUGGCGUGACGAGAACGCAGACAUCAAACUCAAAGUGCAAGAUUUUUGGAAGGAGCACGAGGCUGGAUCAGAACGAGGCAGUGCAAGAAAGAUAAGAGACCAUAAGAGUCAUAGUGCACGAUACCCAGCCUGUUAUAGGCUCAGAACAUGGAGCCCUUCACCAGAGAGAAAAUCAGGGGUACUGCAGUGAUUGCAGGGUUGUGAGGUGUUAGGCCAAUUUGUAAAACCAUAAUAUAUUAAUCUUUCGUAAAUGUUCCGUUCUCAAGAACAAUGGUAAACAAGUACAAAGGAUGGGCAGAUUUGUUGGGAUGUUUUUAUAAACCUCUUUUGCUUUUAGACUUUCUUGAAAGAUGUAAAAAGACAUUUAAAUAAGACGGAAAGCAUAAUGAUGUUCAUCCAAGCAUGAAUGUUGUCCAUUUGUAAUGCAAGUCUUUAUGUUUUGUUUCUACAUGAACUACCUUGAGUUAGAAAAUGCAAGCGACUGUUAUCACUGCCACAAAUAGGGCAGUACCAGACAAAAAAAGCUUGAAAAAAAAUCACCCCAAAAUGUUUAGUUUUAUUAAUGCGCUGUUUAAAGAGUAAUUGCAUUGUAAAAAGUAAAUAAUGUACAUUUGUAAAUAAAGAAAUUCUUUUUACACGAUACAAUUAAUUGAAAAGUUUCUUUAUUGUAACAUGUCAGUUUUGUCGCAGUAAUUGUGUCUAUAUCAUAAAAGGUAUCACAUAUAUUAUUUAUUACAUAAUCUUAAUUUACUUUCAAUGAGAAAAAUAAAUAAACUCUUCUCAUUUAACCUUUUUUUCAAUAACUAUUGAUUCAUGUGAACGUCUGCAAAAUACUUCCAUCUUUUUAAAAAUAUCAUCUGACUAAGCCAAGUUGGAUAUUAUUAUUACAAUUUAGUUCAGCUUUGCACAGAAUAAUUUUACCAGCAAAGGUUCGAUGUGAUAAACAGCCUCGUUAUAAAGUGCACUUAUCCUACUCUAUUAUCAUGUAGAGUCUUGAGUUCUUGACCUACUUUGAAUAUUUUAUAAGUCGGACUCAAAGUAAAAAAGAACAAGAGAAUCUACAAAUAAAAAUGAAGAGUAAGAACAAAAUUGAAAACAAACAAAAUUCACCUUGACAUCCUCCCUUUCAUUACACUAGCGAAGAAAGCUCUUCGUAUAAAAUGCUGCAAGUGUAGCGUUGUGUACACGGGAGGGUUAGUGGCUGGGCAGGGUCACAAUACAAAUCACUGUGGCAAACCACCUAUCCAAAGUUAAGACAAAUCUUAGUGCUUUGUGAAAUCGUAUACUUGUCCGUUUUUUCCUGUUUCGGCAUUAUUUGUCGAUCCCAUACAUAGUUUCCAGCGGGUCCCGAUAGUGGUUUCUUUUCAGUCCCGUUUAUAUCCCGUUUUGUUGAUUUUGUUCCCGUUCAAUUUAUUAUUUACCUGUCCUGUAUCGUUUUCAAGUCCCUUUUCUUU